CAAGGCCCCACAUUUUGUGGUCACCCCCUGCCCCCAGCACAGAGCUCAUGCAUAGGAGUCCUUCCCGCUGAAGCACCCCUGGGAGCCUGGAGGAGGCCCUGCCCUGCACUUGCUGCUGAGGGAGACUCAGGGAUGGAUGCGCAGGUCCUGUCGUCUGGGGGCUCUGCGUCCUGUGCCCCGGCUUUUCCAGGUUCCUUGUAGAGUAUCCCAGGAGGAGAUCACUGUGACCAAGCAGAGAAGCAGGGGACACAGAGCCAGGGACGGUGAAGGGACUGAGACAUGGAGGCCACGCCAGCACUCGAGGCCAGACCCCUCAUGGAUGAAGACACCUUCCGUGAGAACUUCAGUCAAGAGCUUAAGCCGCACAAGACCUACCUGUGCUACGAGGUAGAGCUCCAGGAGGAUGACGCCUGGAUCCCGGUGGACGAGUUCAAGGGCUUCCUGCGCAACCAGGGCGCUGACACACUGGAGCCCCGCUGCCAUGCAGAGUUGUGCCUCCUGGAGCUGAUCCCGUCGUGGGAACUGGACAAGGAACGGCACUACAGGGUCACUUGUUUCAUCUCCUGGAGCCCCUGCCCUGACUGUGCCAGCCAACUGGCUGCGUUCCUGGGCAAGAACAGCCAUUUGAGCCUGCGCGUCUUCGCCUCCCGCAUCUAUACAAAAUUUGCUGGAUAUGAGACUGGGCUGCGCCAACUGCAGGCAGCUGGGGCACAAAUCACCAUCAUGACCUCCGAGGAGUUUGAGUACUGCUGGAAAACCUUCGUGGACCACCAGGGAACACCCUUCCUCCCCUGGGAUGACCUGGAUAAAUAUAGCAAAAUGCUAUCUAAGGAUCUGAAGGGCAUUCUCCAGGCACUGGCUGUCUUCCCCAGCCAGCCCUGCCCACUCCGCUGA